AAGUGGUUGAGCGGCCGCAGCGCUCAGUAUAGAGCGAACAGUCGUUUCGAGCUCGAGUUUUUCCCGCUGACCGAGAGCACACAAGCUGGAGCUGAGGAAGCCCAGAAGCAGCAGUAGCAGUAGCAGCAGGAGCAGCAGGAGAAAGCAGAGAAAGCGGCGAAAGGAGCAGGGAGCCAGGAGCCAGGAGAAAGAGCAAGGAGAAAGGAGAAAGGAGCCAGUGAGAGAGCGGAGAGUAGCCAGCCCAGCAGCCAGCGGUUCGUCCGAGGAGUGAAAUUCGAGGCGGAGCGUGCAGGGAGUGGGUGUACGAGUGCGACUACGACAACGACUGCCACAUAAAGUGGAAAUCCGAAACGCCUUGAGGAGCGGCAGCGACGUCGACGCGGACAGCGACAGCGACCGCGACGCCGACCGAGGCAGAGCCAGUGGCAGAGGGACACGCGUCAGGCGGCCAAGCAAAAGGCAGACAAACAGGCAAAUCCUGCUGAGACGACACGACGAGUCCUUGCUCGUCGGUUCAAACGUGCGGAACACUCUUGGAGCCAGGCGAUAAAAAAGAAUAUAACAAAAAAAAAAAAGAAAUAUAUAUACAAAAAAACACACACUAGUAGUAAAGCUAGUCCACUAAAACAUCACUCACCCAGAACAAGGGAAAGUUUUCACACCACAAACGAAAGCUGAAUAACAACACAAGAAAAUUAUAUACCCAAGAAACCAAAGUGCCGCGAAAAAAACUAACUAAUAAGCCUAAGGUCUAAAUCGAAAUCGAGUGACUGGCCAGUGAAAAAACGCCAAGUUAAGUGCCCGAAAAAAUAUACAGAUAAUAUCGAAAAAUAACGAAACCAUAAACAACGGUCGUUGCAAGGCAUCCCCACAAAAACGCGAUAGCCAAAAAGUUUGAAAAAGAAAAAAAACACAAAAUUUCGGAAAAGUUCGAAAACUUCGAAAUAACUUCGUUCGGUGCAGGCCAGUGUAGUGCAAUGCCAGGCUUAGGCCGGCACAGUGUUGGUCAGCGGUGUGGGGCCUGAAGACCCACAAAAGCCGUGUGUGCAAAGCAUCGAAAGUCCAGAGAGAAACAUUGAUAUCGGGACUUUCCCUCACCACCAUUCACCGCCACCAGCCCCGAAAAACCACCUGCCACCUGUCUCUAUAACUCCCGCCCUCCCCCCAAACACCAUCCCCCCGGACUAGCAGACUAACUGUAUUUCCCCCUGGUAAACCCCUGGUAAACCCGAAGCCGCCAAGAUAAGCCGUCUAAUCGAGAAGCUGCGCCAGACCAACAAACGGAAAAUGUUCUGCUCGCUGGCCCAGACGCUCUUCUGCGUCCUGCUCAUCCAGGGCGGCCUCUAUGCCCUCCACCUGAGCGGAAACGGAAAUGGCAACGGGAAUGGGAAUGGGAACGGCGAGAAGUCCCUGGGCGAAGCCAAGGUUGUGCAGGUGCCCAGUCAUCCCGUUGGACCCUCGACGGGAGCCGCCGCCGCCUGGCAGACCGCACCCUCGCAGCAGCAGCAGCACCAACAGCAUCCCGGAGGAUCUCCGCCAGGCGGUGGAUCCUCGCCGCAUGGCCAUCGGUCCGCCGCAGCGGCUGCCUUUGAUGCCACCACCGUGCGGCUGAACAAGGAGAUAGCGGACAUGGCCCAGCUGGAGCGAGAGCGACUGAUGCUCCUGGCCCGCGCCAAGCAGACGGCGGAACAGCCGCCGGCGGGCAGCAAUCAUCGCGGUCAUCCCUUCAUCGCCGGCCGGAUACAGAUGCAGCCCAGCGAGGAGCUGGACGUGGGCGACUAUCCGGCGCUGCUGCAGCAGGCCGCACGGGGCUACAUCUUCGGUAAUGUGCAGAAACAGCCACCGACGCCGGUUACCCUGGAACAGGAUUAUGAGCAGCUGAGGGAUCUGGAGAAUAGACCCGUAAAAUACUACGGUAGGGUAGUGCAGCCAGCGGAGAGGGAGGAGCAGGCGGAGGCUCUCUACGAACCGCUGCACUCGUUUGGCGACUUCGAUGACUUCUCGGAACUGGAACAGGAACCGCAGGAGCCGCACUUGGGCGAGGAUGAGUUGCUGCGUGAACUGGAUGCCUAUCAGUAUCAUGGCCUGGAGGACGAACCCCUUCCGGAGAAUCCCUACCGCACACUGGAGCAAUUGGAACUGGGUGCACCCGACUCCCUGCAGCAGCUCUUCGAGCAGGAACAGGAGCAGCGAGAUGCCCCCUUCAAGACGAUGCACUCCGGCAAAACCCACAACCCGAGCAACUACAACAUAAGGGUGCAACAAAAGUGGGCCAGGAAACGAAAUGGCCAGGGCAUUGCCCAUAAUCCCGAGGCGGAAAAGCAGCUGCAGCGCCAGAUCUUCGCGCAGCACUUCAAGCCGCAGCGGAGUGGCAAACUAUCGCUGUCUGCCAACUCGGAGGCCACGGCCAGCAAGCAUCUGAAGCCAUCCAGUCGCUCCGGCUCCAAGGAUAACGAGAAGCCACAUAGCGAGCUAGGUAGCAGUGCAUCCUCUGCCGUCUCCUCCGCCACUACUUCCUCCGGGAAACAAGCCGCCGGCGAUGGACUACCUAAGCAGCAGCAGGUGGAGCAACAGUCGCAGCAGGACAAAAAGGAUCCCAGCCACAAGCGAUCCGGUUCCGGAUCGGCGGGCUCCAUGGGAUCGCCAGGAGGCGGUUACUCCGCGCAGCCACCGAUCUCACACAGCAUAGCCAGCCAGCUGAUGCUGCGCACCGCCCGCGGUCAACGGCAAUACGAUGUGCCACAAAUCGAGUGUCCUACCGCCAUGGAUGGCAUGGAGCGAUUCGCCUGCCCGAUUCCCGACCGGCAGGGCAGAUACCGCUGCAUAGACGAUCAUGUGCUGUGCGAUGGCUUCAUCGACUGUCCCGAUGGCGAGGACGAGGACCGAAGAUCCUGCAUGUUCUACAAGACGACGAAGGCCCAUCUGGAUGUGUUAGCGGAUGCGUUACUACGCUGGGCGCGAGGGCGUUAAGCUCCACCCACCCACCAACCACACACACACACACACACACAGACUCUAAUACACAGCACACACACACAGAAAAUACACCUAGCGAACUCACAUUGACAAACAAUUAGUUUUAACAUGUCGCCCCAAGCAAACAAGACCCCUGUUAAGUUAAACAUUAUCCAGGAACCAGACACACAGACAAGCCACAAACCACCCGCCUAUCCUCUGAUAUCCUUCAUGGGAAAGAUUUCCCCGAGCAAAUCCCGCAAAGAAAUCCCCAGCCACAUAAAAAUGCAGCUCGCAAUGGGCUAAAUGGACAAUUGCCAAGUAAGAAAAGCGAAAGCUAUGAUUAAAAACAAAAUGAGGCAGAAAAUGUGCUUGACGAAAGGUAUGAUUAUUAUUACACUAUUAUUAUUAAAAAUUAACUUAAUGAAAAGCCCAAGCAGAAGAUGCAGUUAUACAUACUAAAGCUAAAUUACAAUUCAGCAAAAGGACAAACAAAACAAAAAAAAACUAUGUUUUUUUCAUUUUCAAACUUGUUUCGCAGGAACAGAAAACAUAAUGAGGAAAAACAAAAUUGGGCCUAACUAUUUUUAGUAUAUAUUAAAUAAAUAUAUUAUAAAUAUAUCUUACUAUAUGAAAUAUAUUUCGUGUACAUUAUUUAAUUAUACGUGUAUUAAAGUUAAAUAAUGUUAAUGUUAAAUAAACAAAUGAAAUGAAAUGAAAUCAAAACGAAGCAAGCAAAAAAAAAAAGCGAUAAAAAUAACGAUGAGGCAGCAAGCAGAAGACGAAUGAAUUAUAUAUACAUAUACACAGAAAAAACCGACAUUAAAUAUAUAUUAAUAGUAUACAUAUACCAAUAACAAACAAAUAUACAAUUGAAGAAAAUAUUGCAUUAGGUUUUAUUGCUGAUAACUGAACAAGCUAACGAGUGCAAUAUAAUAUACUUAUAUACAAUGCAAUAACAGCAAGAUUAGCGACAAAAACAAACAUUUACAACUUAUGCGAAUGAAGCAAACAUUUACAUAAAGAAAAAGACUUGACUUCAUUGAAAACCCAAUUAAGUUUCUAUAGUACUCAGAUACUUUUGGUUUAAAGUUCUCUCGUUGCUAGUAAUACGUUCGCCAUUAUAGAUGAUUUGCUCCGAUUCUUUGUCCUUCUCAUGUUUGUAAAUAAUACUUUCAAUUAUCCUUUUCGUUUGCCUGUAAGGAUCUCUCCCCUCCACACUAGAGUUUUUGAUUUCGUUCAUGAGCGACAACAGUUCUCACGGAAAUGGCAGCUAUCUGUAGUUAAGUAAAUUUAUUUACAUAAUUGAACUAUGUUUAAAUAACAAUGGACUUAUAAAUAUAUAUAUAUAUAUAAAAAACGAUAAGCUUAUAAGCGAAACGAACAGCUUGUACAAAUGCUAACUAACACUAAUCCAUUCUCGACCUUUUUUUCGAUGCCACAAGUGUUUAUUCCUAAUCGACUUUUGCAUUAGUUUUUUAUUCGCGCUAUUCUCACGAUUGGAAAAGCUAAAAACUCAACCUUAAAACGCAAACAACAAUGUUAUCUGGUCCAUGAAAAUUAUUCGCUAUUAUUAUGCCUGUUAAGCGGCGAGUUCCCACAACACAAUCAAUCAAUUAUGAAAUACAAUCAAGCAAAUUUUUAAGCCGAAAUUUACAAAUUAAAAUUUUUAAACGGUUGUGUACGCAAACAAAUGACAACGGCAAAAUAAGCGCAAGAUAAUACCAAUGGCGAAUUAACAAUAAUAAUGAAUACCCUCUAGAGCGAUUUUCACAUGCUGCAUUUCCCGCGUUUUUCCCCCGAAUUUCCACAUUAAUUUCCGCAUUUCAUUCAAUUGAAAUAUUGAAACAGCCAGCAAGCGUUUUAAUCGCGAUUGACUUUGUGGACUUAAUCAAUCGAUAAUUGGUGUCAUUUAUAUUUUUGCACGUAUUUGCAUGUUACUAAAUCGAUUCGUGUGAAUUGCUAAAUCCUAAACAAUUGUUUAAUUAUUUACAACGGAAUAACAUAUGAAAUUGCGAGCAAUAAAAUUUCAUAUCUUAUAUACAGUGCGUAUAAAAAAUCGCAAACAAAUUAUAUAAAUCUAAUUGAGCAUACGUUUACGAGUAAGUUUUUAAUUUCACAUCGAACCCCAAUCUCCUGCCCUCCUAUAUCAACGAUCUUCGUUAUUAACCGAAAAGUAUAAAUAGGGGACAACCUAGGUGUUUUCCUUUGAAAUGAUUGAUUAAAUGAUUCAGUAAACGUUUACAUAAAUAACUGCAAAAUAACCCACCUUUAAAUAUAAAUGAAAGUAAAUUAAUAAUAGCAAUUUCUAUACCAUACGGAAAUCCUAAGCGCAGUUUAACGUGUGUAUAACUCUAAGUAAAUGAUAACUACCAGUAAAUGCUAACGAGUACGAAUAAUGUAUAUGUAUAUGCAAUUAAUUGUAAUCCUUGAAAUUAUGCACAAAUCCAAUGAAGAUGAACGACAAGAACAAAUGCGCACUAAACAACAAUUAAAAAACCAAAAUCCAGAGGAAAAACACCCGAAAACAAAUCAAAGACGAACAAAAGUUUUAAUCACAUUUUUUGAACGAACGUACGACAAUUGCGGUAAAGGUAUAGAAAUCUCACACACACACACAGACACACAGAAAAAAAAACAUAUAUUUUUGGCCUAUUUUUCUAUAAUCCUAACAAAAACAAGAACGAAAUUUUAAACGAGAAAAAUGACAACUUCCAUAAGGACAUGCCCAAAUGAAAGUACAUAAGUUCGACUGUAAAUAACAAAAGCGAAAGCGCAAUUUCCCCAAUAAUUUCAUAUUCCAAUUGAACGAAGUACUAACGAAGAUCGUUUAAUAACAAUUUAAUUAUUUUCGGUUUUAUUUCCCCUACUUUUUAGCCUAUUUAAACGUUUUCAUUUCCGUUUCUAAUUAAGCCUUUGCGUCUCGCACUCACUCACAGCAAACAGUAUUGUGUAUAAAAAGAAUUUGUAAAUAAACAUAUUACGUCUAAAUUAGUGAAACAUUUUGUAUUUCCCCUUUUUAAUUUUUAAAUGUUUUGUAAUUGUAGAGUUUUUAGUUUACAAAUUAUUUUUCGAGUACCAUAAAGUAGUAGGAGUCAACUUAGCGAGCAAAUACAGAUUAUGAAGCUGAAUAAAAACAAUUGUUGAAUUGAAUGUUAAAAGAUACAUACACAUAUACACACAAGCAACCAUAGGUACAUACACAGACACACACACACACACACAUACAAGUAUAAACGUACACUUAAGGAUAUAUAGUCAGCCCCCAAAAAACUUGUAUUUAUUUGUAUUUGUAUAUUUGCAGACGAGAGAGAGAAAUGAGAAAUCGUAGAAAAUCGUGAAAAAAACAUCAAAGAGAAAGAUGGAGCAUAUAAUUAACUAUGAGUAGCAAAUGGCGCACGCCAUUCGCACAAAUUAUCGAAUGAAAACACGGUCAAUCUAUUCUAUUGAUUUUCGUCUAGCCCAGAGUCUUAUUAAUUAAUUAAUUAGUAUUUGCUGUAAAUAAUUUUGCCUUCCUCUUUUCUAUCUCGCCGAAACUCUGUCUCUCUGUCUCUGUCACUGUCUCUGUCUUUCCCACACUAAUUUCGAUUGUGUAGGAGGUCUAGUUUUAGCAUAAUUCCCCCUUUAAUUUAACAAACGUUUUCUUAACUACUUAUAAUAAUUAAUUAUAUAUUAUACGAAUAUAUGAUAAAGCGGAAAAAAACAAGAAAAUACACAAAAAAACAAGGAAAAAAUGAAAACAAAUACACAACUUAAUAUACACUGAAAACGAAACCCAAACAUGCAUUUCUGAUUUUUACUUCGAUUCUUUCACAAGAUUACAGAAUUUGUUACUCAACUACUACUAUAUUUUUCUCUUCACAAAAACAACAACGACACCUGACAACACUCACCACAAGAACAACAAGUAAGUUAACAACUACACACGCAGUAAAUCAAAUACCAAACUAUAACUUUCUCAUGGAUCUAAAAACAUAGUGCACAUAUUUACCUUUUGAGUUUGAAAUCCUGCAAAACUAAGAACAUCCUUCCAAGGGCUUUUAUGUUGCCGCUGAAGAACACCUGAAGCAGCAAACUUUGAGUUAAUCCCAGGAUCCGUGGAUCCUUGCUGGUAAGUCCCGACGGGCGACCUCAGCUUCCGUAGUCCUUUGGCCACAUGGAGCUCUUCACUUGGCGGUCAGACAAACUUUUCAACAAGGUCUAGUAACUAGUUUUUACCCUUAAAUUAUUGCCCACGUUAAGUGUACACGAAUACAAGUCAGAGCACAAAUGUCAACUCUAAAGAAAGUAAAUGUUUAAUGUUCGAGGAAAUAAGAUGGGAGAUUUUGAAAUGGAAAUUGACACAGCUGUUUAGCGGUCUGGAAAAUGGAAAAUUUAGAAAUAUAUAUUUAAAUGAUUAAUAUCCUCGUAAAAAAAAAAACGUAUAAAUGUUAGUUGUGUUAGGUGUAGAUCCGCGAAAUGGAAUUAUAUAAUUUAACUGCUUUUGCUGAGCACAAAAGUGUCAACCAUCGCCCAAAAAUACUCGUACUAUUCAACAAGUAAACUAUGUGUAUUCGAUGUAUAUCCGUGUUUAGUACGAUCUAAGAUAACAUUUGAUAGCCAAAAGUUUGAAAAGUUUGAGCACAGAGAGAUUGUGGCCAAAGACAAUUUAUAGAGGCAUUGGAGGCUGCAUGCAAAACUGAAAAACAACGAACAUUUUUAAGCCAGAAAGAACCGCAGACUUGGACCUAAAGUGACCUUCAAUGGGCAUCAGGUGUUGUAGUCAUUGAUUCGGGUCAGCUUUUUAUGACCUUGCCACAAAAAGCCGCAACUCAAUGUAGCAAACAACCAGAGCCACUGGUGCAAUUCAAUGCCACUUUAAUUCCACUCAUAAGUGAACACAUUGCGCUGACCACUAAAAACCGAAAAACAAAAAAAAAAAUGAUAAGAAAACUUUCGAACAACAUGAUAACAUUGAUAACACUGAUAUUUGAGUAUGUUGAAAGGUCUUGCAUGCAAAUUGCUGAAAAUAAAUUGUGGGUUGGGGCAAUUCGAUCGGAAAACAGUGAAGAGCUUCAUGGUGUUUGGAAAAUUUCAAGGACAAAAUUCUAUUGUUAAAUGGAGAUGUUUUGGGGGAUUCUGUAAUUGAGCAGGAAUAAUUGGGAUAUCAACUUAAAGAGCAGUUUUUUUCACUUUUUUCCACAAAAUAUUUCAGCUAUUACGCACAGCUAACAUGUUUGCAAUUACUUUCAGCCAAGCCCACAUUAUAAUUUCAACCUUAAUUGAACCCAUUAAGUAUUCAUGCAAUUCAUUACACUUACAAAAUUAUAAAACAACAACAACACACACACACGAACCCUAAUAAAUUAUGUUCAAUUGAAACAAUUAGCGGGAGAAAUUAUGACAAACAAUUAGCAUUAACAAUUUUGCACUGUUGCACGUUUUAUGUGAUAAAUAAUUAUACCAAAUCAAAACGAAAAGCAUAAAUUAUAUGUAUGUAUUGAAAUGCACCACAAUUGCACUUACCUACAAAUUAUUAAGCGAUUAACGCGGACAACUGAAUUUGUAUUAGAGCCUGAUUAAUUAGUGAUUAUAUUUUGUGUGCAUCGUUGUUUGUAGAAAUCGCACGAAUCAGCACAAAAAAAAAGAACAAAAAACUCCGAGCAGCGAGGAAACCAAUCCCAUCCAACUGCUUUGGAUUGAGGAGCAAUCCGCCGAGUUGGUUGGGCCAGCAGAUCAGUCUUCCACGGCACCAAAAUCCCGAAUUUCAGACAUCAGUUCCCACAUGGUUUAGCUUUGGACGCGCACAGGGAGCACCGGUCCCAAUCCCAGACAUCAGGAAUGGCCACUUUUAAAUGGAAUCAAAAGAGUAUUUUCGAGCUAUAAACAUAAGUAGUCACAAGUACCUUAAUGCAAAUCGAGAUGUUAUGUAUGUGGAGGAGGCUUCGGCGAGUUGGGACUGCCGAGGGCCACGCCCACUCCGCCACAAGGACAUACAUUCCCUAAUACAUGCACACAAUCAAGGCUUAAAAGCAAUCCGUCCUCAAUUGACACUUUUGAGCGGAAUCUCCACAAAACACUCAAGCAGGCCGAAGAGUUCGACUCUAACGUUUACAUUAGGUCUAAACUAUCUGUACACUCGCCUCCCGAUCCCCGCCCCCGACCACGCCCCUCCCCACCCAUUCCAUGCACCCACACAUGCACGCACGCUCACACACACACACGCACACGCACACACUGACAAGCAAAUGCACUUAAAUUGUAAAUGUUGUGAUUAUAUAGCACCGCCUCAAAGUAUGCACCAAAUUUUUGUAAAAUGUAUUUUUGCACUAUUUUUAAAUGCACAGCGAACAGCCCAGUUGAAACUAAAUUUAAAUGUAAACAACGUAUUUUACCUAAAUUAGUUGAUAGACGUUGAAUAAAACAUAACUUACCGCCUGGAGAGGGGUAUUUCCUGUAACGUUCUUAUGUUAACUUAAACCAAAAGUCAAGAAAAGUCUGCGAAACAUUUUUUUCAAUCGAUAUGCAAUGUAAAUACAGAACAAAGAGGAUUGCUAUAGCGAAGUCUAAGUAAUUUAGAGAUUCUCACUAUGUAAAUAGACCAAAACCGAACAAAAAACAGAAGCUAACAGGACGAACAGGACAUCACAGAAGCAGAACCGAACCGAAACGUACCGAACAGGACGAGGAUGUACGAUGAUGUAGGACGAUGUAGGAUGAGGCGACACAGAGCAGGACGUUUUUAACUUUAAUUAGAAAGUGUUUUAUGUAUUAUGUACGUACGAGUAUGAGUAUGGUAGCCCACACAGGAAGUCCUACUAAUAAUUUCUAAGCCAUUUAACUUGUAAAUUAUUAUGGUUAUAAAUGUAUAAUGUAAAUGAAAGCGAGUCGGGUGUGGAAUAUACAUACAUAUAUAGAUGCGGGAGAAUGACAACUGCGAAACUCCAGGCAAGAACUACCAGCUAUAUACAUACAUAGAUGUGUACAUGUACAUCUGUGUGUUUAUGGUUAUAAAUGAUACCUACUUCAGUUUGCUUACGAAUCUAAAAACACACACAUACACAUAUAGGUACAUAGCAGCAGAUAUAUAUAUGUAUAUAUAUCUCAGCUGGUGAACCAAAAACUGGAUUCGAGUUCAAGCAAAAAACGCCCUAAAACAAAUAGAAACCGAACAAAACAAAAAAACGAUACCAUUAUUAUUAUUGAAAUUUAAUUAUAUGCGUUUGCGGCAUAAGGAACAAAUGUAUUACCAACAAAAUCUCUAUAUAUACACAACAAACUAAUUUAUGAGAUUAUAUAUAUACAUAUGACAGCAACAGAAGUAUAUGUAAAAUUAAAUAAAAACGAAGCCUCAGUCAGUAUAAAAAAA